AAAACAUCAUUUUCGAUAUUCAACUUUCAAAAGAAAUGGAAAAGAGUAAAUUUAUGAUAAAAGAAUAUAGCUUGAAGUUGAUUUCAAGUGAAAUUUCUACAACGAACCUGCUAAAAAAUUUAAUAAAAUGUGCAGAAACUUUUAUAACAAAUAAAGAAAUUCAAGGCUUAUCGGAGGCCCUCGAGGGCAUUUUUUAUAAUGGAUUACGUCUCGAUAAGCAUGGGAUUCCUAAUAUUCGGCGUGUCUUUGGCAUUUUCAAGAAUUUCAGUCAACAAUCAUUAUCGUGUCAUAAGAAAGUAUUCAGAUUAUGGCUAAUCGAGAACAUCGAUAAGGGAAAACUUUCCAAUCAUCUUUCAUUCAUAUUCUCUGACACAUCCCACAUUAAAAAUUGUUACGAGUCGUCUGCAUUUCUCAGAGAUGAAGGUCGUCAGAAUGCUCUUAUGAUUUGUAUCUCAGCGAUCGAGGCAAAUCAGUUGAGUCAGUUGGCGAAAAUCGAUGCAACUCUCUUUGAGAAAAGUCCUACUUCUAGUUCAGGUCAUCGUAGAACAUCAUCACAUCCAAUUGUGUCGCUCAGUUCUCAAAAAUCCAUCCUAGCGAGUGGAAGGAAAGCAUCGAAAAAGACUUUGGAUUUAAUAACCGGUUCGAAAGUGAAAUUAUCAAAUCUUCGGCCUUGGUAUAGUGUGCCAAAUUUACAUCACGAAUCAUCGUCACAUUCAGGUCGUCUUCGAAGUAAAACGAUGAAUUUAGUGGACCAAAACAAUCACACAUUUCAUAAAAAAGUUUCGUUUAAAAAGGAAACAAAAUACGAAGAUGAUUCAGCUGUGGAAGCUUUAACAGUUCUUAAUAAAGAGGACGUGCCUUAUUUUGCAUAUCGUGGCUAUUCUGCAGACACAAAUAAUAUGCUCAAUCAUUUACCUGUACCUGAUCUUCAACCUGAAGUGCCAAUUAAUGUCCUCAAAGUUGAUGACAUCGAAAUCCACACAGAUUAUCGUUCAUCGUCUGACUUCAGAAAGACCAUUGAGAAUUUCACACCACCAAAAGAAGCCAAGAAAAAGCUUUCAGUGUUCAGUUUUCUUGAAGGUACACCAACAGUCGCUGGUCACAAGACACGCCAUCAAUCAACGCCUAGCAUGAGCGUCAGUCCAAGCGAGGUUUUCUUCAGUGCUGAUGUUGUUUCAGGAUCAAAAAUUUCUGUUGAAUCGCCGAUCGUUAAAUCGUUUCAAAAUGUAAGAAAUAACAGAAAAACAAGUCGACAGAAUCUGGAAUAUUUCCUCCAAAUGAUUAACAGUAGCUCAAAACCAAAAGUUGCAUUGGAUCGUGAAAAUGCUCAUUUCCAUCUUUCGGAAGCGAUCAUUGCGACAUCACAACACUUAAAGUGGAAUAAAAUGCACGAUGAAAAGUAUAAAACUUCAAAAGAUUCGAAAGCAAAAGAAGAUUUAUCGAGCACUCCGAAACGCCAACUUCCUUCGACAAUGAAUCAAAACAAUGUUGCAAAAUUUAUCAUCGGAUCUGUUGAAGAUGACAGCGAAUCGAGUUUGUCAAAUGACGAUUUUCACGAAAAAUCUCGCACAUGUUCGACAAGUUCAGAAGAAACCGAUGAGAAUACUCCGCAUAUGGAAUGGAACACUUUAGACGAUCCAUCAUCAGCAGAAAGCAUCGCAAGAACUCUCAUGUCAAGAUUCAAACGUGAACGUCUUCCAAAUCCAAGCACUUUGCUUUGGCUUGUCAAUGAAUCUCAAGCACCUCAACAAUUAUUGCCGUUCCCUGAUUCGUUCAGUUUUCAUGUCAAUCCGGACGAUCUCAUACAACACACAACAUUCAUUCGUGGCUCAAAAGAUUGGGCGCCGCCUCGCCAACAAAUUAUUUUCACUGUUCAUCCAACACCUGAUCGUAAGAAGCAAAUGCUUCUACAAUUGUAUCGUUGUGCUGGUUGUGGAAUGAGAGUUUUGCCGACUUUAGUUCACACAUUUCGUUUUUGUGAUUACCUUGGAAAGUAUUUCUGUUCAGCAUGCCAUAAGAAUCAAAUUAGUACGAUUCCAGCAAGAGUGCUUGACAAAUGGGAUUUCUCACUUUAUCCUGUUAGCAAUUUUGCUUACAAAUUAUUGAAUCAGAUUUGGAACUUUCCACUUUUUCACAUUGCCGAUAUAAAGCCGCGGUUGUAUGAGAUUUCGAAACCAUUGGCGAAAGCACGUGAAGCAAGACUGAAGUUGAAAUUCCUACAAGAUUUUAUCGAACAAUGUCGAUUUACGGAUAAGGAGAAAGAAUUCUUUAAGGAGAUUCCAGUUCAUUGGACCGACGAUGCUGACAUUUGGAGUAUGAUGGACUUUGUUGACAUCCGAAACAAUAUUUUCACUGAGAGAAUUCAAGAGAUAAUAAAACGAUUAGAGGAACAUAUUUUGAAAGACAACUGCGAGCUUUGCAUUGCUCGCGGUUUCUUUUGUGAGCUUUGUCCAAAUAAACGAGACGUCAUUUUUCCUUGGCAGAAUAGGAUCAAACGAUGUUUCAAAUGCGGUUCAUGUUAUCAUGAAAAAUGUUUCACAGGCGAAUGCAGCAAGUGUGAAAGAUUGAAACGACGAAAGCGACAAUUGAGGAACGUCAUUGUGUCGUAAUUCAUCUGUGAUUAUUUGGGUAUUUAAUCUCAUAAAGUUUUUGAUAUUUUUACGAGUGAAUCACGAAAAGUAAAUCCUCGUCUCAUAGAUAAUUAAUUGUUGAUUAUUUCGACAUGUGUAGAUUAAAAUAUUAAAAUAAAUGUAAACUAAUAAACUACGUCAAUCAUUAUUUAUCUUAUAGAUGAUGCAAUGUAAUGAUGCAUUGAAUCGUUAAUCUAUCAACUUGUAUAAUGUUUAUUUUUUAUACAUAUUUCGAUAUUUAUUGUUAACAAUCCGACUACUGUUAAUAAAAUGAAGCGUAUGAGAAGCAAAACAAUCCAAGA